AUGGACGACUUCGGUGAGACGCAAUCACAGCAACAUGCAAACACUUAUAUUGCUGGCGAAGACAACAGUCGCCUCAAGCAGGUGGCUCGGGACUUCGGCUUGACCAAAACUGAUGCGAGGAUUCCACAACCAAACAUUCGAUCGUUACCUCAAAGCUUGAAGCUCUUUUGGAGUGAUGACACUUUGGAACGAUCCCGGAUGCACAGUGUGGGUGCCCUAGGAGACAAUGAGCACAUUGAUGAUCACGGCGACGUUCACAUGACUCUGACGGUCCGGAAGAGGAGACGAAGAGAUGGUCGAGCGGAACAAAAUCAGCCAGACUACGGUGGCAACCUGUCGAAUCUUUUCCAAGGCCCAGAUUCUUCGACAAGUCUGAAGUCGUUGGUGGAGGUUGAAGAGACUAUUGAUGUUGUGGAAGGUGGUUCCAUGACUGCAGCCAUCUUUGGAAUCAUCAAGGGAACCAUCGGUCCAGCAGUUUUGUUUCUGCCCAAAGGAUUUCAAAUGGCAGGAUACGCUUUUGCUAUUCCUACAAUGAUAUUGGCUACUACGGCCUAUAUCUACAGCGCAAAUCGGCUCCUGCAGUGCUGGAAAGUUGAAAGAGAGAGGGCAGACAAGAUUGAUGAAAUUCGAGCAUUGCUAAUGGAGUCACCCAAGCGGUAUGGGGCUACCGAAGAGUCGCGACCAGCCGAAGGUAGUACAAUGCUGACAUAUCCUGAGCUAGCAAGACGUGCCUUUGGUCGUGGUGCCAUCUUUGUGCAAUUGGGAAUCGCCCUCAUGCAGUUUGGAGUAUGCCUGACCUAUCUCAUUUUUGUACCCCAAAACCUCUACGAAGCUUUUCGUAUGCUCCUUGGCUGGGACGUGAACAAAACUGUCUUUCUGAUUGCAAUGUUGCUGAUCGAAGUGCCAUUGUCAUGGAUUCGUGAUAUCCGUCGAUUGACUCCUUUUAAUGUCCUGGCUACCAUGCUGACUGCCUACGGGUUAUUUUCUUGUUUGGUAUUGGCCUUUUGGGAGAUUGCAAAAGACCCAGAAUCAUCAUACUUUGAUAGGCUUGCUGCCUUACCAGCCACCAAUAGUGAUACUUGGAUACUGUUCAUUGGAACUGCUUUCUUUGCUUUUGAAGGAGGUAUCACGUUGAUUGUCCCACUUCAAGGGGCCGUCUUUCGAGAAGAAGACAAACAGCGCUUUCCUUCUGUUAAUCAAACCGUGACGUCCAGAAUCGUUGCCUUUUACAUGUUCUUCGCCAUAACUUGCUGGGCUGCUUUUGGAACGUCGAUUCGCACAGCGCUUACGGCGUCACUUCCACCAGGACCUUAUGCCACCAGCGUACAGCUCGCAUACUCAGUGGCAGUGAUCUUUACUUUUCCACUGCAGGCAUUUCCUGCCAUGGAGGUUGUCUUUCAUCAUUCCACAAGUGGAGCCAGCAAAACGGAUCCAUCUGAACGUACCAAGUUGAACGCUCAAGCAUCUCUGGUAGUUUGUAUGCUGGGAAUCGUUGCCUAUUUGGCGAUUGAUUACUUGGGAAAUGUAGUUAGUCUGUUGGGCUCACUGGUUGGCAUUCCCAUUGCGCUGAUAUUCCCUCCCAUGAUGCACAAUAUUAUUGGACGAGAUUUGUCAAAAAGCACGAAACUUUUGAACACUUUUGUUGCUGGUCUUGGAUUUGUUGUAAUGGGUAUCACGUCCUACAUCACGAUAAUCCAAUGGGAUAAGGGUGCAUAG